UAAAUUGAUAACUUAAUAUUUAUUAGUUUGUAUGGGCAAGGGGUAAAAGCCUAAAGAUUAAAAAUAUGUAAAUUGUUAUUUAUUUAUUUGCAUGUAAAUAUUUAUUUAAAAACAUUGUAGAAAUGUGAUCGUCUAAUAUAAUUGUGUAUUCUAGUUUAACUAGUUCUAUGUAUUUGUAUUACUUGGGCCGUGUAAUUCUGGGAAGUUAGGUAGUCUAAUGGAUUUAUUCUUGCCAUAACGGUUUAAAAUUACCUGCAAAAAAUGCACAAUCUGUCCCAAAGACUGACUUUUGGCUUGUUGUUACUACUGUUGGCUGAUAUAAUAUGGAUAAUGUCAUCAAAAUUCAUUAACUAUAUUCCUUACAAAACUGACGAUUACAAAAAGCCAUUCUUUUUUGCCUAUACCAAAGCAUCAAUAUUUACUCUCUACUUUUUGCUAUAUAUUAUAUUUAAAGAACUACGGAAGCCUUGUGGAAACCAAACUAAUUAUAUGUUUGUUAAUUUUGAUACAAUCGAAAAUGAUGAUGAUGAUGAAGAAGAUGAUAAUGUUUUUACUGAUGAAACUGAAAGAUUAAGCACAGCAAGUUAUGUUCCGAUCAAAAAUCCUAGUUUGACUUCUGGUACAGAAAGUGAUGAUUCGGGAUCUGCUAAACCAAAUAAUAAAGUUGUUCGAUUUAACAAAGUUGCUGAGGUUAGACAUUUGUCUGAAACAGAAGCUACAGAAGCAUUAAUGGCCCGUUUAUCGUAUGCUGCUACAUUAAGAGCACGAGAAAUUUGUCGUUUGUCAAGGCAAUUACUAAAUCUACACCAAACUGCAAAACUAGCUUUCACAGUAGCUCCGCUUUGGGGUGUUGCUAAUUUAUUACAUCAAGUAUCUAUGGUUUACAUGGAACAUACCCUAGUGUCUGUUGUAUUGUCCACAACUAGCUUCUUCACUCUUCUGCUAUCUCUAUUUUUUGUUACACCUUCAACAGAUCGUUUUACGGUCGCUAAAUUAAUAGCUGUAUUAUUCAGCAUAACUGGAAAUGUUAUAAUUACAUUACCUGAUUCUCAUUUUAGUUUUAGUGAUAUUAAUGUUGGAUUUGCAUUAUCCUUAUGUAGUGCUAUUUUUUAUGCAUUGAAUAUUGUUACAUUACGAUCUUGGGUAGAUCACGAAGACAAAUUGGAUAUCAUAUUGUACUUUGGGCUUGUUGGUCUAUUUAAUGUUCUUAUGUUUUGGCCGUUGUUCAUUUUUCUUCAUUAUUUCGAACUUGAAACUUUUGAAUGGCCUAACAAACAACAAGCAAUAUCACUGUUCAUAAAUGGAGUUGUAAAAGCAACAUUCCCUGAAGUCAUAUGGCUAUGGGGAUGUUUGCUGACAUCAUCAAUUAUAGCAACAAUGUCUAUAGGACUAACAAUUCCAAUGUCUUUAAUGCUGUCUGGCAUCUCCAGUCAAAACAAGUCUGAUUAUGAGCGAUUUUUGUUACCAUCAUUUUAUUUAGGUUUAGUUCCUACAACUGUCUCUUAUUUUUCUCUAAUUUGGUUAACACACCGAUUUAAUUAUAAUCAAAAUGAAUACAAUUGUUUAAGCCGUUGCCAGAGAAAAAAUUUAAUUAGGCUUAGAGAUAGUGAUGCCGAACAAGCAGAAUCUCUUAUACAAAUUCACGAAACAGACAAAGAAGUAUGAUAUAAAUGAUAUAAUUUAUUUAGAAACUCUAAGUUACUCACCAUGAUUAAUUAUUUUUUAGUAUUUUUACCUCUUUUUGUGCAAUGUAUUAGACUUAUUUACAUUAUUUAUUGUGUGUUACAUUACAUUUUUGAUCCAGAUUAUGAAGUUAAUAAAAAUGCAAAAUAUUAUUAUUAAUAUUAUUUCUUUAGAUUUCUGCUUACAUAUUUACACCAGAAAUGAGUAUUAUCUUGUCAGUAAAUAAUGUUUUAUUUAUAUUGUUUAUUUUGUGUUAUGAACACUGUGGAAAAAGUUAGUAUAUAAUAAAAUGACUUAUGUGUUAAACAUCUGAUAUUUUGAAUCUGGAUUACAAAUUAAAUGUAACAUCACAUUUUAUUUUAUCACAAUAUUAUGGUACUUUAUGUAUAACUUCAAAUCUUUAUU